AGUUCGUUCACAAGUAAAUGAAAGAGAUACAACAAAGAACAUUUCGAAGGAAAGGGGGUGGUUGCCACCUUCCCAUAGAAAGGGAUAUAAUUAGGUCGAAAUAAUGCCGUUGCUUCUUUAUUUGGAGAGGAGAGAGUUGCUCGUGGUCUCUCAGCUUAAUAACCCCCGUCAUAUGCCCUCACAGCUUACAGCCCACAGCUCUCGUUGCAUCCCAACCACGUAAACUAUGGCUGGCUUCCAUGAGCUGAUUCCUAAUGUAAUAAAAAGGAGGAUAAAUCAAACCCGUCCUCCUUUUAAGAUUGGGUUUCCAGAUCGUGAUCCCAUCGAAAUCACAUUCGCUCUUCUCGACAAUGCCGUCAACCGGGCUGCCUGGUUUCUUACCGAGAACCUUGAUCCGACCGAGGAGACGUUUAUAUGGAUGUCCAAGAGCGAUAUUCGUUACAUAGUAUGGGCUAUAGCGGCAAUGAAGACCGGCAAGGUCGUGGUUUUCCCGUCCUUGAAUAACCGGGUCUCUGCGAACCUCCGACUAUUCGAUUCCGUCGGGGCCAAGCACAUGUUCUAUGGGCCCGAGUCAUCCGAAACUCUGGCGGAGCUCAUCGGCAAGGCCAGCAAGAUUGUCAAGGCUCGGCCGGGGCUGUUGCUCGAAGACAUUAUAUCACCCGAACCUGUUCCGGACUACCCCUUCGACGAAAGCUUUGAGAAUAUCAGGAAGAAGCGAUUUAUGGGUCUACAUACAUCUGGAACUUCAGGUCAUCCGAAGCCAAUCUGGUGGACUCACGAACACUUUGAGAAUCUGUUCUCACCCUUAGAGGAGGGUGUUCUCCCUCCUGGAGUCGUUGCGGAGAGGCCGACAUGCAGUACUCUUGCUAACCACGACGUUCUCGUCGUUGGGUCGCAAUCACAUGCCGGCGCCAUGUACAUUACGAUGAUCGCGCUACAUGCCGACUCGACGUCGAUCCUGAUGCACCCAGAUCUGCCCAUCAUUCCAGUCAACAUUACCGCCGUGAUCAACUGGACAGGUGCUAAUAGCAUGAUCUGCCCUCCCGUGCCUAUCGAGAACAUGCUCAACUACCCUCCUGGCGUCGAGGUACUUUCACGACUGAAGCAUAUAGGUUAUGUCGGCGGGCCCAUCAACCCCGUACUUGGCGCCCAGCUCGCCAAAAUCACACCACACCUCUAUAGUCUCAUCGGGAGCACGGAGGGCGCCCUGCACCACAUGGACUAUUCGGCCGACAGCACGAACUGGGACGCGCUCCGGUUCGUCGACGUCGGUCAACGGAUGGAGGAGGUUUUCCCCGGGCUCUAUGAGCUCGUCUUCCCCAAGACGGAAGCUAUCGACCGUCUCUACUCCUUCUUCCGCUCCUACCCUGACUUGGAGGGAGAAUACCGCACCAAGGACCUCUUCGCCCCUGUCCCGGGCCAGCCCGGGUGGUGGCGUUUCCGCGGCCGCACAGACAACUGGGUCGCCAUGGCCAACGGCUACAAGAUGGACCCUUCCGACUUUGAGGGGGUCCUUGGCUCGCACCCCGACGUCAAGGGCGUCAUCGUGGGCGGCUCCCACCGCUUCCGCCUCUGCCUGCUCGUCGAGCUGCAGGACCACCUCGUCCCCUCCACCGACGAGGAGUAUCACAACGCGCUGGAAACGCUGUGGCCCAAGAUCCACGAGGCCAACCAAAGCUCCCCCAAGUUCGGCCAGAUCCCCCGCGAGCUCGUCCUCUUCACCACCAAGAGCAAGCCCUUCCUGCGCGCGGGCAAGGGCACCAUUCAGCGCCAGCUCACGCUGCAGGCGUACGAGGCCGAGAUCGACGCGCUGUACGAGCGCGUCGAGAGCGGCAUCCUGGUCUCCGACCUGAGCCCCAUCACAUCGCUGGCGCCCGAGGCCCUCGCCCCCGUGCUCACGCAGCUCUUCCAGCAGGCUCUCGACAACGCCGACGUGGGCCCCGACACCGACGUCUUCGCGCGCGGCCUCGACUCCAACGGCGUCACCAUCACCAUCUCCCGCCUCAAGGCCGCGCUGCGCAACUACGGCGUCCCCGAGGAGACGCUGCGCGGCAUCAACAUCGGGCUCAUGUACAGCUCGACCACCGCAGACUCGCUCGCCGCCACGCUCUCCGCCUUCCUCUCCGGCGACGGCGGUAUCGGCAGCGGCGACCUACCCGACGGCGGCGUCGCCGAGAUCCUCGACAAAUACGUCUCCCUCGUGACCCCCACGCGCUCCGCGCAGUCCAUCGUCCUAACCGGCACCACCGGCUCCCUAGGCACCUACCUCCUCGCCGCUCUCCAAGCCCUCCCAGACUCCCAAGUCCGCCGCAUCUUCUGCCUCAACCGCGGGCCCGACGCCCCCGCCAAGCAAGCCUCCGCCCUGAAGUCGCGGGGCCUGCCCCCCGCCGACACAGCCUCCGGCCGCGUCGUCUUCCUCGCCGCCCCGGACCUCUCCGCGCCGAGGCUCGGGCUCCCGCACAGGGACUACAGCACGCUUGCCGCCGAGGCGACGGCGAUCCUGCACAACGCGUGGCCGGUCAACUUCCUGCUCCCGCUCAAGUCCUUCGAGCCGAGCAUCGCGGGGCUCGCGAACCUCCUGCAGCUCGCGCACGGCGCGCGCCACCGCCCGCCCGUCUUCUUCGUCUCGAGCAUCUCCGCCGCGAUGGGCGGCGCGCGGCUCGUCCCCGAGGCCGUGCUGGCCGAUCCGGCGGAGCUGGUGCUGAGGCAGGGGUACGCGCGGAGCAAGUACGUGGGGGAGCGGCUGCUCGACAGCUACGCGCGCGCGACGGGGCGCAAGGCCGCGGUGCUGCGGGUGGGGCAGGUGGCGGGCCCCGUGGAGCUGGGGGGCAGGUGGAACGAGUGGGAGUGGUUCCCGUCGCUGGUGCGGAGCGCCAAGUUUCUUGGCAGGCUGCCGCGGACGCUGGGGUCGAGCAGUCGGGUCGAGUGGGUGCCUGUCGACGAGCUGAGCCGGGUCAUCCUGGAGGUUGUGGACGAUGUCGUGCAUAGCAGUGGGAGCGGGAGCGGGAGCGACAGCAGCAAGGACUCCUCCGCCGCUGCUGUCGACGGCGCAAAGGUGUACAACCUCGUGAACCCGCGCCCCGUGACCUUCGAGUCCCUGCUCCCCGCGCUCCAGGAAAAGGGCAUCGCGGACGAGGUCGUGCCGUUCGAGGACUGGAUCGAGGCGCUCGAGCGCAGCGCCCACGACCCGGCUGCGCGCAAGAGGCCCGCGGAGGAGAACCCGGCGGUCAAGCUGGUGGAUUUUUAUAGGUCGCUUAUUCCUCCUACGACUACUACUAACGGUAAUGGGAAGCGUGUGAAUGGGCAUGAGAAUGGUGGUGGGGGGGGAGAAGACGAUUAUACGUGGCAGGUUGAUAACACGCUGAGGGCGAGCCUGACGGCUAGCGCGAUGAAGCCGGUCAAUACGGAGUGGAUGAAGUUGUGGGUUGAUCGGUGGGGGUUUUGAGUGAUGAAUGGGGGUUUAUAAGAUCUACUUAGGUAUGUAUCUGUAGAUGAAGGGAUGGCAGGACAGAUGGGUGGGCAAUGUUGUAAAGUAACGUUUGUAACUUGAAAAAUACAAGCAACUAUGCUAAUCGUUACAUGUAUAAGUCCCUGGACAGGUGGUAUUACCUAUAUGAUCAUCAUGAGAUCGUCGUAGGUUCACUGUGAAGUACG